AAUGGAAUCUAGGAGCACUGGUACAAAGAGACUUAUCUCAGUUGGAUCUCUAUCAAACUUUGAAAGAGCUGAAUUUAUCUCUUCUAAAACUGACACUAAAUAAAGAUUAGGAGAGCUCUUCAUUUAUGAACCUACUAAACUAGAGAGUAAUUAUGAAUGUUCAUUAUAAAUUAAGUGUUUGGAUUGAGAUAAUAGAUUGUUAGUACGCGUAUUCCUAAGUUUGAUCAUCCUAAACCUAUGUUUGAAUUGGAUUAUCAACCAGAAAAAACCUUAACACAUGUUGCAUCUCAAACUGAGUGUUAAAAAUGCAAUCAUAGUUUAAGUAGGAUGGUGUAACCAAAAUUAAAUAUGGAACAAUUGCAUUUAUCUGCUCCUUCAUUGUAACCCUAUGAAAAAUAAGAACCUAAAGUUAUAGUUCCUAAAUAAUUGCAAAGCCAUAUUGUGAGACAAAAAAAGAAGGAUCUUCCCCCUAUUUUACAGUAUUCCUUUGUUUAAUCUCCACCUAUCUUUACUUAAUCUGCCAAGGCUGUUAGAGAGCAGAAAUCUUUCGGCAAAUUAUCAUAAGGCAGAAUAUCCAAGAAAUUUGACAGCGAAUUGGUUAAAGUCAUUCAAUAGGAACUCAGCAAGUAAUUACAUAAGAUGGAGGAUGAAAUCUCAGAAAAAGGAUAUAGUGUCCCUCUUAAAUAUGUAUAGAUAGAUUUAUACAUUUCUUUUAGUAAAAUCUCAAAAGAACUAAAUAAAUGACUCUCAGUAAGAAAAUCAAAUAAGAAAAGUAAUCUCAAAUCUUGAAUGAAAAGAAAACCGAAUCUUAGUUCUUUAUGUAAAAGGAAAAAGAAAAAGAAAUCCGAUCCAUCAUAUUUUUCAAAUCACCUGAAAAAAGUCAAUCUCAAAUUCGCCUCUAAAAAGAAGAAACUAGCAACAUAAUCUUUGGUUAUUCAAAUAGAUUAGAGGAAUAAGCAUGA